GGCACAGAGACUGUCAAGGUAGAGAAUGGGCAAAGCACCGCAGCCAAGCUGGGGCUCCCCCCUCUCACCCCGGAGCAGCAGGAGGCUCUUCAGAAGGCCAAGAAGUAUGCGAUGGAGCAGAGCAUCAAGAGUGUCUUGGUGAAGCAGACCAUCGCCCACCAGCAGCAGCAGCUCACCAACCUUCAGGUGAGCGCCUUCCCCUCCAGGGAGGCCCAUGCGUGACUCUCCUCCUCCGCAAGGGUGGAGCCCUUUAUGCACUUAGAGCCACUGCACAGCCCUGAGAUCUGCCUGGAGCCAGAUGGCAGCAGUGACAAUGGGCUUUGGAGAUCCUCUCUCACCUUUACAAUCGAUGGCAGCCCAGCGGCAGCGGGCCCUGGCCAUCAUGUGCCGGGUCUACGUGGGUUCCAUUUACUACGAGUUGGGGGAGGACACAAUCCGGCAGGCCUUUGCCCCCUUCGGCCCCAUCAAGAGCAUCGACAUGUCCUGGGAUUCCGUCACCAUGAAGCACAAGGGGUUUGCCUUCGUGGAGUACGAGGUGCCGGAAGCGGCUCAGCUGGCCCUGGAACAGAUGAACUCGGUCAUGCUGGGCGGGCGGAACAUCAAGGUGGGAAGGCCCAGCAACAUCGGCCAGGCCCAGCCCAUCAUCGAUCAGCUGGCAGAAGAGGCCCGGGCGUUCAACCGCAUCUACGUGGCGUCAGUUCACCAGGACCUUUCCGACGACGAUAUAAAGAGUGUCUUUGAGGCCUUUGGGAAGAUCAAGUCCUGCACGCUGGCACGAGACCCCACGACCGGGAAGCACAAGGGCUAUGGCUUCAUCGAGUACGAGAAGGCGCAGUCCUCGCAAGACGCCGUCUCUUCCAUGAACCUCUUCGACUUGGGGGGCCAGUACCUCCGCGUGGGCAAAGCUGUCACUCCACCCAUGCCACUCCUGACUCCUGCAACACCAGGAGGUCUGCCCCCUGCCGCUGCCGUCGCAGCCGCAGCGGCCACAGCGAAGAUCACUGCUCAGGAGGCUGUGGCAGGCGUGACAGGCGCUGCUGUGCUCAGCACAUUGGCCACCCCGGGACUGGUGACGCCAGCACUGACCCUCGCCCAGCCCCUGGGGGCUCUCCCGCAGGCCGUGAUGGCUGCGCAGGCACCGGGUGUGAUCACAGGUGUGACUCCGGCACGCCCACCCAUUCCUGUCACCAUUCCCCAGGUGGGUGUAGUGAACCCCAUCUUGGCCAGUCCCCCGACACUGGGCCUGCUAGAGACUAAGAAGGAGAAGGAAGAGGAAGAAAUUUUCCAGGAAUCAGAGAGGCCCGAGAUGCUCAGCGAACAGGAGCACAUGAGCAUCUCUGGCAGCAGCGCCCGCCAUAUGGUGAUGCAGAAGCUUCUUCGGAAGCAGGAGUCAACCGUAAUGGUCCUGCGGAACAUGGUGGACCCCAAAGACAUCGAUGAUGACUUGGAAGGGGAAGUGACAGAGGAGUGUGGCAAGUUUGGGGCUGUCAACAGAGUCAUCAUAUACCAAGAGAAGCAAGGCGAGGAGGAAGAUGCUGAGAUCAUCGUCAAGAUCUUUGUUGAGUUCUCCAUGGCCUCAGAGACUCACAAAGCCAUCCAAGCUUUGAACGGCCGUUGGUUUGCUGGCAGGAAGGUUGUGGCUGAGGUGUAUGACCAGGAAAGGUUUGACAACAGUGACCUGUCAGCAUGAACUCUGCUCCAGAGAGACUUUUCUGUGUUCUCAACUCCUUCGUGUGUUCAGUUACGCCCCUGGGCCCACAUUGUUUGUUCCUGUGAUCUGUAUGUCAUUUUGCAUAAAAGUGCAAAGAAAAAAGA